AUGGAUUCUUCGGAGCGAAGUGAGCAUACCGAGCCAUCUGACCCAGUGACACAACUGCAGUUGACCCCGGAACUUCGCGAAAUACAUGAUAAAGUCCUGCGGACAGUACGAUGCCUCGUGGCUGAUUUGUGUCAGCAAUAUGAUGGCGGCCAUCCAGGCAGUGCCAUGGGCAUGGCAGCUCUAGGCCUUGCACUUUACAAGUAUGUAAUGUGCUACUCGCCUGGUAAUCCGAGGUAUUUCAAUCGAGACCGGCUGGUCCUUUCCAAUGGCCAUGCGUGCUUAUGGCAAUACGUCUAUAUGCAUGUCGUGGGCUUUCCUACCAUGACGAUGGAACACCUGAGGUCUUACCAUUCUUCCGAUCGAGGUUCGAUAUGUCCUGGUCAUCCAGAAAUCCAGUUCGACGGAAUUGAGGUCUCGACUGGACCACUGGGUCAGGGUGUCGGGAACGCUGUUGGUCUGGCGAUUGCCUCGAGACACCUCUCAGCGACUUAUAACAAGCCUCAUCACAAUGUGCUUGACCACAUGAUUUGGUGCGUAGUUGGCGACGGCUGCCUACAAGAAGGAGUGUCCUUAGAGGCAAUACAGCUCGCGGGUCACUGGAAACUGGAUAACUUGGCUAUCUUGUACGACAAUAAUGGAGUGACUUGCGCUGGUACUGUUGACUUGACAACUAGCGAGGACGUGAAUGCUCGGAUGGAAGCCUGCGGCUGGCAGGUUGUUGACGUGGUUGAUGGUGUCGACAAUAUCAGCCGCCUCGUUGAGGUCCUUUUGUAUGCUCAACACAACAGGCAGAAGCCGACCUUCGUAAACGUCAGAACUAUAAUCGGCUACGGCGCAUGGUUCCAAGGUAAAAACGAGGCUCAUGGGAAUCCACUAGGUGUUGAUGGCGUGGCAAAUCUGAAGCGACAGCUCGGAAUGAAUCCAAAGACUCACUUCCAUAUUGAUGAGGAUGUAUACAGAUUCUUCGCUGACGUCGGUCCAGCUGGCAGAGCUCGUGAAGCACGUUUCGCAAAAGAGGUGAAAGCUUAUGGGCAAAGUUAUCCGGUUUUAGCUCAAGAAUUUGUCGAGAGGAUGGAAGGCCGAUGGAAUACUCAUUGGCAACACCUUUUACCUGCUAAGAAAGAUCUACCUAGCUCAAAAGUGGCGUCUAGGGUUUCUGCAGGAGAAAUUAUAGCCUUACUGGCUCAGCAUUUACCUCAAGUGAUGGUAACGAGCUGCGACCUCCAGCCCACCACCAAUAUGUCUUGGCCAACGUCGAAGGCCUUCCAAUGCCCUGUUCACGACACUACCUCUGGCACAACAUCUGGGGAUUACACAGGACGCUACCUCCACUGUGGCGUGCGGGAACACGCUAUGGCAGCCAUUGCUAACGGCCUAGCUGCUUUCAAUGCUGGCACAGUCUUGCCUUUCACGAGCGCCUUCCUCAUGUUCUAUGGUUAUGCUGUGCCAGCUGUACGUAUGGGUGCUCUUCAAGGGCUAAGAAUAAUUCAUCUGGCGACACACGACUCGAUUGCGAUUGGCUACGAUGGACCAACCCACCAGCCUGUUGAAAUAGCCUCCUUGUUCAGGGCGAUGCCGAAUUUGUUGUACAUUCGACCUUGUGAUGGCGAAGAAACCUGCGGUGCAUUUAUGGUUGCUGUGGCCGCGGAAAAGGCAUCAAGCGUAAUCAGUCUAUCAAGACAUGGCUUGGUACAGUACCCACAGUACUCGAGUCGUGGCGGAGUGGGAAGAGGCGCAUACGUUUUCAUCGAGGAGUUAAAAGCAGACAUCACACUCAUCGGAGUAGGCUCAGAGAUGGUCUUUGCGGUUGAAGCAAGGAAGAAGCUAGCGGAACGUGGCUUCAAGGCUAGAAUUGUCAGUUUCCCUUGUCAGAGGCUGUUCGAGGCGGAGAGUCGUCAAUACAGAGAAACAGUGAUGCAGUAUGACCAGAAUAAACCUGUUGUCAUUAUCGAAGCGUAUGCUGUCAACGGCUGGGAGAGAUACGCUGAUGCUGGAUAUUCCAUGCAUACUUUCGGUAAAAGUCUACCUCCUGAAGACCAGGUUUACGAGUUCUUUGGGUUCGAAGCGAACUGUAUCGCCUCAAAGCUUCAAGACCUGAUAGCUGAGGUGAAUCAAAGCGGCAUUAGAUCACUUCGUGGAGACUUCAGGGAUUUGAAUGUCAGAUUUGUCUAG